AUGCAUAGACAACAAUCGCCACCCCAAAGUGCCGGAACAGCAGGGUCUGAGCCCUGUUCUGCUGUCACCAAGCAAUCGCUGUUCACAGACAACAAAAGGGAAUGUCCAGAGCCUGUCAAAGCAGAAAUUGAAGGUCACAUUCCACAAUGGCUGCAGGGGACACUCAUUGGAAAUGGACCAGGCAUGCACAAAAUUGGUGAAACUGUUUACAACCAUUGGUUUGAUGGGAUGGCCUUGUUGCAUAGUUUCACCUUUCAAAAUGGUGAGGUGUUCUACAGAAGUAAGUAUCUUUGCAGCGAUACUUACAUGUCUAACGUAGAAGCUAAUAGGAUUGUGGUGUCAGAAUUUGGCACAAUGGCUUACCCAGAUCCGUGCAAGAAUAUUUUUUCCAAAGCAAUUUCCUAUCUUGCAAAUGUUAUUCCUGAUUUCACUGAUAACUGUUUGAUUAAUAUAAUUAAAUAUGGUGAGGAUUUCUUUGCUUCAUCAGAGACCAACUAUAUCAGAAGAAUAGAUCCUAGAACAGUUGAAACAUUAGAGAAGGUUGACUACACAAAGUAUGCUUCUCUGAACUUGGCGACAUCUCAUCCACAUUAUGAUAAAGUUGGAAACACUUACAAUAUGGGCACCUCCAUAGCUGAGAAAGGCAAAACAAAAUACAUGUUUGUGAAGAUAUCAAAUACAAAGCCAGAUGAGGAGAAGAAGAAGAAGAAUACAUGCUUUAAAAAUUGUGAAAUAUUAUGUUCCAUUCCUUGUCACUCACUCCUCAGUCCAAGUUACUACCACAGUUUUGGUAUGACACCAAACUAUGUUGUCUUCAUUGAGCAGCCAGUUAAACUGGACAUUCUUAAAAUGGUGACAGCUUCCUUCAAAGGAGUGAACUGGGCCAGCUGUCUGGGAUGGUACCCAGAUGACAAGACUUACAUUCAUAUCAUUGACAGAAAAACAAAGAAGCCUUUAACAGGAAAGUUCUACACAGAUGCACUUGUGGUUUACCAUCAUGUCAAUGCUUAUGAGGAAGACAAUCAUGUGGUCUUCGAUAUUAUUGCAUACAAUGACAAUAGUUUGUAUGAAAUGUUCUAUUUAGAAAACAGGACUUUGCAAAACAGGGAAUUUGAAAUAAAAGGCAAAACCUUCAAUCUUCCAUCUUGCAGAAGAUUUGUAAUUCCUGUGGAUCAUGCCAAGACCACAGAGUUGGGCAGAAAUGUUUACACAACAACAUAUGCACUGAAGGAAAAAGAUGGAUCCGUUUACUGCAAGCCUGAAGUGUUAUUUGAAGGAAUAGAACUACCUUGAAUAAAUUAUGAUUACAAUGGCAGCAAGUACAGAUAUAUUUACGCAUCCAAGGUUGAGUGGCGACCAAUUCUAACAAAGAUAAUUAAAUGUGAUAUUCAGACCAGAAGCUGCCUUGAGCGGAGAGAAGACCAUUGCUGGCCAGCAGAACCAGUGUUUGUCAAACUUCCAGAUGGCAAAGAUGAGGAUGAUGGUUCAUUUUGCCGUAUUUCUACACAAUACUGCCUCAGUAGCUGCAGCAUAGUUGGUAGAAGGCUGAUGACUUUCCCUGGGAGAAACUGCAGAUGGCGUUCAAGGAGGCACUUGAGCAGUUUUGGGCCUUGGGAUCUGGCUUUGGAAUACAUCUCCUUAACACGGAGACAGCUCAGUCGUGCAGGCAGCAGCUGGGAGAUUGUGUCGGUCAGCCAUAAGGUGGCUGGUGUGCCCAGACAGAACUCUGAUAGUCAGCAGCAUCGUGGGCUAACACAGCAACAGAAUGUGGCAGCAGUUGGGGCCCAGCACAAGCCCGGAUGGCAGCAGUGGCAGUCAGGGCCGAAGGCUUGCAAGCAGCAGCGAAGCCUGGCUUGCCUGAUGGAGGUCAGCAGAGACAGUUGGCAGCAAAUGCAGUUGGCAAGCAUGGGCCAGUUUUAG